AUGAGCAUCAGCAGUGAUGAGGUUAAUUUCCUGGUUUACAGAUACCUGCAGGAGUCAGGCUUCUCGCACUCAGCGUUCACCUUUGGCAUAGAGAGCCACAUCAGCCAGUCCAACAUUAACGGAGCCCUGGUGCCCCCUGCUGCCCUCAUCUCCAUCAUCCAGAAGGGCCUGCAGUACGUGGAGGCUGAAGUCAGCAUCAAUGAAGACGGGACCUUAUUUGACGGGCGGCCCAUCGAGUCGUUGUCUCUCAUCGACGCGGUCAUGCCCGACGUAGUACAAACCAGGCAGCAGGCGUAUAGAGAUAAGUUGGCCCAGCAGCAGCAGCAGCAACAACAGCAGCAGCAGGCGGCAGCAGGUAGCGGCAGCGGUGGCGCCGGGCCCCAAGGAAGCGCCAAGAACGGAGAGGGAGCGGCCAACGGGGAGGAAAACGGAUCCCAUGCCUUAGCCAAUCACCAUUCGGAGAUGAUGGAGGUGGAUCGGGAUGUGGAAAUACCGCAGAGUAAAGCCAUGGUCCUCAGAGGUCACGAAUCGGAGGUCUUUAUCUGUGCCUGGAACCCGGUCAACGACUUGCUGGCGUCCGGCUCCGGAGACUCGACGGCUCGGAUCUGGAACUUGAGCGAGAACAGCUCGGGCGCGUCCACGCAGCUGGUUCUGAGGCACUGCAUACGAGAAGGAGGCCAGGACGUACCCAGCAACAAAGACGUCACCUCGCUAGACUGGAACAGUGAAGGCACUCUUCUAGCGACGGGCUCCUACGACGGCUUUGCUAGAAUAUGGACAAAAGACGGUAACCUGGCCAGUACUUUGGGUCAACACAAAGGUCCCAUAUUUGCACUCAAGUGGAAUAAGAAAGGAAACUUCAUCCUCAGCGCUGGCGUCGACCGGACUACAAUUAUAUGGGACGCCCAUACAGGCGAGGCCAAGCAGCAGUUUCCUUUCCACUCUGCGCCCGCUCUCGACGUGGACUGGCAGAGCAACAACACGUUCGCCUCGUGCAGCACGGACAUGUGCAUUCACGUGUGUAAACUGGGUCAGGACCGACCUGUCAAGACCUUCCAGGGUCACACGAAUGAGGUCAACGCUAUCAAGUGGGACCCCACCGGCAGCUUGCUAGCCUCCUGUUCCGACGACAUGACUCUAAAGAUAUGGAGUAUGAAACAGGACAUAUGCGUCCAUGACCUUCAAGCCCAUAGUAAAGAAAUUUACACUAUCAAGUGGAGUCCGACGGGACCCGGGACCAACAACCCCAAUGCCAACCUCAUGCUGGCGAGCGCUUCAUUCGACUCGACGGUGCGCUUGUGGGACGUGGAACGCGGCGUGUGCAUCCACACGCUGACCCGCCACCAGGAGCCCGUGUACAGCGUGGCCUUCAGUCCCGACGGGAGACACCUGGCCAGCGGCUCCUUCGACAAAUGCGUCCACAUCUGGAACACUCAGACCGGUGCUUUAGUCCACAGCUACAGAGGGACGGGAGGGAUUUUUGAAGUGUGCUGGAACGCCACCGGGGAUAAAGUAGGAGCCAGCGCAUCCGACGGAUCUGUUUGCGUGUUAGACCUGAGGAAAUGA